GUUUGUGGAACAUGUUUCCUCUCUACCUCUAAUUUGGCCUUUCUUUCUUAAUGUGGAGAUUGCAAGCUCUCCCAUCACAUCAAAUUUGUUAUUAGUUUUUCUGUAGUUUGUUUGUUAUUCAAUCUGACAUGGGCUCAUAUAACUCUUUUGGUUUUCUACGAUCCACCCUCAAUGCUGCAGCUCUAUCAGAAACUUAUUCUUCAGACAAUCUGAGACCUGCCACACACAUUUCAACAGAUACAACUUCUGGAAGCCAGCAUCUGUUGGGUAUAGAUCAAAAUCACUGCUUAGGCAUGAAGACUAGCACUCUGGAUAAUGAGAGAGGCAAGGAUGCCACAAUUUUAAGAAACAAGGCAUUUAAGGAUUCUCAACAAUCUGAGCAUCAAACUGAACAGACCAUUAUUGAAGCUUUCAAUUCCAACAUGAUGGAGACUAUAUACAAUAGAAAUAAUCGCAUCAAUGGGCAGGUGAACAAAAUGUUUUCAUCCUGCGAUUUCCAGCUCUCUCAAGGCUCGGGUGAGUCUGUAGAGAAUACAAGUGUUGGAGGGACUGCAUCAAAUAUUGAACCCAUGACCACAAUAGCAGCUCAAAGUGGCUCUGCAUUGCCAUCCUCUGGGCAAAGUCCCAGUCCUAAUGGUGAUUCUUCAGUUCACAAAACCAGCAAGAAGCGUAGCCUAGAGAAAGAAACUGUUCCAGAGGAGGUCAUAGCAAGAAACCCACCUGUUGAAUUUGGCCAUCGAACCUCACUCUACCGUGGAGUAACCAAACAUAGGUGGACUGGAAGAUUUGAAGCCCAUCUUUGGGACAACAGUGAGAAAAGGGCUGGCCAAUCCCGUAAGGGAAGGCAAGUAUAUUUGGGUGGCUAUGACACGGAAGAGAAAGCAGCUAGAGCUUAUGAUAUGGCAUCUCUUAAGUUCUGGGGUCGUUCAACUGCCACCAAUUUUCCGCAUGCAGAAUAUGAGAAAGAGUUAGAAGAGAUGAAAUUUAAAAGCAAAUACGAAUAUGUCACCAUUCUGAGGAGGAAGAGCAGUGGUUUUUCUAGGGGAGCUUCUGCUUACCGUGGGGUAACAAGGCAUCAUCAAAAUGGAAGGUGGCAGGCUCGAAUUGGAAGAGUUGCAGGCAACAAGGAUCUCUACCUUGGAACAUACGCCACACAGGAAGAGGCAGCAGAGGCAUAUGACAUAGCUACCAUAAAAUACAGAGGCCAAAAUGCAGUGACUAACUUUGAUAUCAACAGAUAUGAUGUGCAAAAGAUUAUGAACACCCCACUACCCAUAGGAGGACUUGCUAAACGCGUGAAAAUGGAGCAGAUGUCUACUGAAAUUACAGUAGAUGGUCCUCAAGUUGAAGAUGAAAGCACAGUGAGCUCCAAGGCAGACUCAGCUAUCUCUGGUAAUACUUCAUCUGCAUUCACAGAUUCUACUGAAAGGCAUGAUGUAUAUCAACAAAGGGAAAAUCCAUGGAUGACAUUAUAUCAAGAAAGAGGACAGUUGCCUGUACAGGCAAAUGAGACCCAUAUCAUGAAUUUUCCAACACAAUUGCACCAGGCCAAUUAUGAGAAAUAUCUUCAGAUGCAAUCCAUGUUAACACCCAGCACCCCGCUUCAGUACAAUUUCAUGGGCUUUAAUCCUGCAGCCAUCAAUAGUGGUAAUAAUGCACUCCCAGCUUCUGUGAUCUACAGAAACAUGUCCACAAACUCUGCAGCCCAUGGCUUGGCAUUAGACUGUUCCUUUGUUCCUUCCUCCACUUUAUCAUCUGCUACAAGUAAUCCUUAUGCACAUCAUUUCAAUGGCAAUGGGAAAGAUGGAACUGAAAACAUGUUUGAGAAGUUCUCAUGCUUUUCAGGACCUGGAUAUGGAAGUGUAGCUGCAAAUGGUCAACAGGAUGGCACUUUCUGUUCUGGCUUUAGAAACUAGAGUUGCAUAAGGUAGUAUGAGAGUAAUCUAUUGUUGCUACAAUAAUACAGCAUCUAUAAUCAGGUGCAGUCUCUUUGUCCUCUACAAUUAUUGUAUUUAGAACAACCUAAUUGCUGUACAUGUGUCCUAGAGGCUACAUCCUUCUGUUCACUUCCACCAAUAAACUGAAUUUCAUUAUAGGCCAUUUCAUUGAAACCAACAGGCCAUCAACUUAUUCUAAUGUACUUCUGUCAUGGGUUUUUGUUGGAGGACUUGCCUCCUGCUGUUUUCUAAAUAAGCUUGCUUAUUGUAAUAGGCCACUUUUUAUCUUAAUAUAAUAGGUGAUGGUGUUUUUUCUCGCAUAA